UGUCACCUCAUUCGGUCCCGGGCGGGUAUCUCACCUCUUCCCCUCCUCCCUCCCUCUCUUUCACUCACAGUCGCUCUCACUCUCGGACAUCACCUCACCCCUUCAAAUUUCGCCCCUGUGGUCUCCUUGCGAUCCAUUAUCGGACCCAGGCUAACAAAGAGCCUCAGUAGCACCGGACUGAAGAUACCACGGCAGUGUCGUUCAUCUCAUCCCCCGGGCGGGUGUCCCUACUUAUACGCCCUCAUCUCAAUCUCUAUAGUGUCUCGGACACUAACACAAUCCCCCACCGAGUGCUCGUCGUUGACCACAAACUACUGCCAUCCACCAGAGGUACACUGGGGGGUUUCUUGGCCGCAUCCGCACCUUCUCGCUUGUUCAUUGGACCUCCUUAUUAAACUCAUGCCGCAUCCCGUCAACGUUUCGCCUGCAACACCGCCCCUCGGAUCCGAGUCGGGAACAAGCCAGCCGACAAAGACAUUCGCAAGGCGCCCGGCGUGUCAUCGUUUCGCAUGUCAAAGGCCAACGGCAUCCACAUAAUAAUAAUACCAUGUCGGGAGAAGCCCAGCUCCCACACCCGCCAAGGGCUCCUCCACCACCCGAACCCGACCCCAUGGCAGCCAUGAAGCUUACCAGGGGCACCUCGUGUGUGUUGUGCCAGCAAAGAAAGGUGCGCUGCGACAAGAACAAGCCGUGUGCCAACUGCGUAAAGGCCCGGGUAGAGUGUCGGGUGAUACCCCCGCAACCACCGAGGCGGCGGAAGAAGCGUCUCCAGGAGCGGGAUCUCGUUGACCGACUCAAAAAGUACGAGAACCUUUUGGCCGAGAAUGGCGUCAAAUUCGAUCCCAUCGCCGCGAACAUCAAGUCUUCGGACAGGAACUCGAUCCACAUGGACGAUGACCAUCAAAUCGACGACGAUGCCGACCUGGCAAACGACUUUGAAGGACUGAAGACCUCCCCCGAGGGAAGCACAUCCCCUUCUGUGGCAGGGAGCCGAAGAUCGCAGUCCGAUAAACCGUUUAACAAAUGGUUUCCUUUCCAUAAAGAAUUCAGGGCCAGCGAGGAACUGCUCAGGGAUUCCUCGGAAGACGAGGUUGAUGGUUCAACGAUACAUCAUGCCUUUGACAAGAUGUACGACAACCAAGAUGGUUUCCCGUUCAUUGUAGGCAGUCGGAAUGCCUCUGUCACGCACCUUCACCCGCCACCCAUCCAAAUCUUCCAACUCUGGCAGAUCUACAUUAACAAUGUCAACCCCCUCCUGAAAAUUACCCAUGUGCCUACAGUCCAGGGUCUUAUCAUCGAGGCGAGCGCCAACCUCGAGAAGGUCCCCAAGAGCGUUGAAUCACUCAUGUUUGCCAUAUACCUUAUGGCAGUCACCUCACUAGAGGAUGCAGAGGUUGCAAAGAUGUUUAACGAACCCAAGCCCACUGUCCUGUCCACUUUUCACACUGGGCUUCAGCAAGCCCUCGUCAAUGCCGGUUUCAUGCGCACCAGCGACACGAUGGUUCUCCAGGCCUACAUGCUCUAUCUGAUCGGGGUUCGCAUGUUCGUUGACCCGCGGCAGAUAUUCUGUCUUGUCGGGAUCGCUGUGAGAAUAGGCCAGCGAAUGGGCCUUCAUCGGGACGCCGCAGCGUUUGGCCUGUCGCCGUAUGAGGUCGAGCAGAGGCGGCGGCUGUGGUGGACGAUCGUAGGCUACGACCGCCGGAUAGGAGAGAUGACGGGCUCGACUGUGACAGCAUUGUCUACUGCCGGGGACUGCAAGCUGCCCCUGAACAUCAACGAUACAGACCUUCACGUCAACGGCAAAGACGCCCCGACCCCGCACCAGGGCGUGACCGAGAUGCUAUUUGUCCUCAUCCGGACGGAGCUUGCGAUGGCCAUCAGCAUUGACACCAUGCGUGACCCCCAAAGACACGGCGACAAGGACGGCAUCCCCGGGUCUGCCGCCGCGCCGCGACCGGUUCCGACUGUCCGCAUGGCUGGCCAGGACCAAUCUUACACACUCGAUGGGUUCUUCGCGCACAUCGAGGGCACAUACCUGAAGUGGUGUGACCCCAAGAUCCCGCUACACUUCUUCACCCUCACUAUGACGCGGCAGGCCCUGUGCAAGAUGCGCGUGAUCUCGUUUCUCGUGCGUAUGGGUAAUGGCGAGGCAACGACGCUGGCGGACCACGAGCGCGACACGCUCUUUCUCGAGGCCAUCCAGAUGAUCGAGUACGACAAUGUCGUCCAGGCCGCCGACAGCCUGCAGGGUUACAAAUGGUAUACCUACCUGCACUUCCCGUUCCCGGCGUACAUGUUUCUGGUGACGGAGCUACGCCACCGGCUAACGGGCCCCAUGGUUGAGCGCGCGUGGGAUGCCAUCGCCGAGAACCACGACCGACGCGGUCUCAUGAGCACGCUGCACAGCCCCAUGCACAUCGCGUUUGGCAACCUCUUUAUCAAAGCCUGGGACGCCCAUGCAGCCGGGCAGCAACAAAUCGGCAAACCGGUGCAGGAGCCCAUGUGGAUCACGCGGCUCCGGCAGCGGGCGGAGAAGAUGGGUAAGAAGCAGCGCAGCGGCCAACCCGGGCCGGAGAUGGGUAUCGGCAUCCCGCAGCCGGCGGCACGGGUUGCGCCGGUAAGCGGGACCUCGCAGCUUGGGUCCAUGCAGCUGCCACAGAAUAUAAUGAUGACGCCGCCGUCUGUGAGUGCAGAAACGCCAGCGAUGCACGGCCCGCCGGCGCCCGACAAUGAUGUCGUUGACAUGGACUGGAGCUACCUAAUGCAGGGAUACGAUAUGGACACAUAUGCCGCGUUCGGAGGGGGGUUUGGGGGCUUCCCAAUGAACAGUAAUAGCAUGGGAGGGUCGGGCAUGAUGGGCAACCCGGACGGAAGCAUGUUUGGCAACUGAACGAGUGGUGUUUCUUCUUCUUUUGGAGAAGAGUUUUAUUGUUGUGUCUU